AUGGCCGAAAUCCCCGAUGAGCUGCUCAAAGUCACAAUUGAUGACUUUUUCCAUUUCUUGCAGUGUCAGCUGUGCUUGGAGGCCUCGACAUGCCUCCACGAAGAGUUGCAGCUUCGGGAUCCAAAGGCCGUUGACUUUUGGCCACGUUUCCGAACUUGGGCGCAGCCAAACCUCGGCAAGAAGGAGAAGUGGGUUCCGUUUCAUACCGUUCUGGGACCUCACGACUUUUUUGUGGUAACACAGAUCCUUCACAACGACGAUCUUCCCUGGAACGCUUGGCAACGAUUUUUGGCUAUGUUUGUCUAUCGGGCACACUGCAAGGGUGCACUGUUUCAAGAGGUUCAGCUUCCGAGAAUGUUGGAAGAAGAGGACUUUUGGAAAGACCCCGCGGCCCAGUUCGCUGACGACGGUGCGAUGACGCUGGCCAUGCUCGACUUCCGGCGCCGUACUCGUCAGCCUUUGCAAACAGCCGCGUUUCUGUCGAUUCCACAACGCCUAUGCCCAGAUGAUGACGAGAACUUAGCCAGGAAUGUGGCCCGGCGCACGCGGACCUUGCUGGAAAUUGCCGAGAAAGUUUGGCCCGUAAUCCAAGAUCAUUCGCUCAGCAGCUCGGAAAAGUUCCGCUGCAUCUCUGGGACGAUUCAGUCGGCUGAGGGUCUGGGAGAAACAUGGACCAAGAUGCUGAUGGUCACGAUGGAUAUCGCUUAUCCAGACUUAGAGCUGCUAGCUGAGUCCUGCAACGUGGGCCUCGGAGCUUUCAAGGCCUUCCAACGCCUGGCACCCGACCAUAAGAACUCGCCGAGACGCUGCCAGCAGAGCCUUCAGAAGAUCACGAACGCGGCGAACAAAGCGACGUCCGAUGCCGCCCGAGGCUUCUGGUCUUUGCUGGAUCAGGUAGAACUCUUGGCCAGGCGACGCUUUGCUGGAUUCCCGUUGAUUCUGGCCCAGGUCAGUACUUCCCAUGGACAACUCAGCCUUUCAACAGUACAGGUGCAGCUUUGCGAGUGGCGACAGUUUCAGGAUUUCUUGGAUAAGCACAGUGGGGCGAAGUUUCUGCGAGACGUGUCCGCGAAGCACAGAGGAAUCGACGUGCAGCCGGGACAGGCACCAGAGCCGGCCUGCAAGGAGGAAGAAGCUCAGCUGGCAUCGGACACCCGAAGAAAGCGACCUCGGCUUCGGGUCGCGGAGGCCCAGAACGGCGGCACCGGGGCAUCUCCGAGCUCGCAGUCAGAGGACCCGUUCCUGUCUGCAGCCACAGGGCUACUGGAGACGAUGAAGCAGGAGAUGGCGCAGGUAAACCUUUCCAUCAAGCAUGCCCAAGAAGACCUGCGAGACUGUGAAGUGAGAAGGGGUGAAGCGGAGGCAAGGCUCUUUACCGCGAUGCGAGCGACGAGCGAUGCCGAGCUGAACUUGCGAAAGAUAAGACCCAACCUGACUAUGUGCGCGCUGCUUGCGGAGCACGAGAGGCAAAUUUCCGAGGUCGCCGAAGCCGGGGUGGCCAAACUGCAGGCCGUUUGCGAUCGGCUUUCUUCGACCAAAGGAGUCCUUCAUGUGGCAGCCACAAGCCACCACGCCAGCGCCUACGCUGCACUCCCAGAUGUGCCCGCAUCCUUGGCCGGCGACCUUGCGCGAGGAGUCGACGCGCGGCUCAACCACACGCGGGAGAUCCUCGAAAGCGUCAUUCUGCGGCGAGACGCACAUUGCCGGAAGGUGCAAUCGGAGAUCCUGGGGCCCAAAGAGGCCUGGGACGCUCGAGAGGCACUCUUGCAGUCUGAGCUUGCCACGGCCCGCGCUGCUGAGGCCGAUGCUCAGGCUUUCUGGGUGGCGGCUCAGCGGAGCUCCGUGGAAGCCGAGUCACGCCUUCAAGAGCUGCAAGUCCAGCGCUUUCUCGCUCAGGUAGAGGAGGUCGCGCUGGAGGAACUGAUUGGCCAUUGA